GCUCCCAGCUGUCUCCUUCCUGCCCCGCUGUAGAUCCGGCCGGAGGAAUGAAGUCGGGGAUGUAGGCGCUCGCAGCACAGUGUAAUGCGGUGACAGAUGUAUCUUAGGGUCCCUGCCGUGGGUCUCUCCUUCUCAUUCUUCUUUUUGGCUUUCUAUUUCACAAAUAAGUAUGUCCUGUCUAUUCUGAAAUUCACUUACCCUACUCUUUUCCAAGGGUGGCAGACCCUUGUGGGGGGACUUCUUCUUCACAUAUGCUGGAAGCUGGGCUGGGUGGAGAUAAAUUGCGGUUCCAGGGCCUUUGUAUCAUGGCUACCAGCUUCUGCUCUUUUUGUGGGAAACAUUUAUGCAGGUUCCAGGGCAUUGUCAAGACUGCCUGUACCUGUGUUUUUCACGUUACACAAUGCAGCCGAAGCUGUGAGCUAUGGAAUCCAGAGGUUUAUCUUCAAAGAGCAAUAUUCUUACACAAGAACUUCCAGUGUACUAUUGAUGCUGGUUUCCGCUGGGUGCCUUCCAUUACAUGAUCCUCAGUUUGAUGCCGACGGUUAUUUCUGGGCUGUGAUUCAUCUAACGUGUGUAGGGUGUUACAGAGCAUUCCAGAAAAUUCAAAAGUCAACCUUAAGUGACCUUGAUCAGCAGUACAUAAACUACGUUUUCAGUGUUAUACUGUUGGCAUUUGCCUCUCAUCCAACAGGUGACCUGUUCAGUGCCUUGGAGUUUCCAUUCCUGUAUUUCUACAGAUUUCACAGUGGAUGUUGUGCCAGUGGGAUUUUAGGCUUCCUGCUAAUGCUAAUGUCUGUAAAGUUAAGGAGCAGUCUGUCCCCUGCACAUCACGUAUCAUGGAGUUUCCUAGCUAAGGUCAUAACAUCUGCCUUGUCAUUGUUCUUCUUUGAAAUCUCAAUGAGUGCACCUCUCUGUAUAUGUUUUGUAACGUGUGGUUUAGGAGAAGCUCUUCUUGUCUACACGGAGAAGGCAGGAAUAUAACCGGGGUAUGUGGAUCAUAAUCUAAACUGUAGAACACACUACAGAAUGGCAGCUUUUUCCAUCCAGGCUUCCGCUCAUAAUCACAGAUCUCUUCAGUCUCUGCUGCAAAUGGGAGUUCUGGAUUCAACUCUUGCAAUUCUUCAAAAAAGUCAAGUCCAUUGACUGUCUGGCAUUGAUCUGUCAGUGGACAAGUUAGUGAUACCUGACGUUUCACACGUGGUACCCUAUGCAUUGUAGUCGUGUUCUUACAAUUUGUGUAAAUCGGGGAAUGUUUGCAUUGGUAACAGAAUGAUGUUCUCUUACAUGUGAACCACAAUACCAAUAACGUGUUUUGUCUUCAUCGUUGUAAAUAAUUACUAUCAAGGACAUGAACUUGCCUUGUUCUAACCGUGCAUUUUAUUAAAACGCAGCAGGCACAUCAUGGCAGGAUCAGGAUUUGUCUGCUUUUGGUGUUACUUGUGCUACAAAGGCCAUGAUCAAAUGCAGAUCACUAGGACUCCCAGCAUGCUUAGGUAGCCCGUUUGGCCAAACGUGCCAGAGAUGUUUACAGCCCACGACACAGUAUGUUUUGAGAAGUCAGUAGGAAGAAUGUUUGGCAUGUAAUCUUCCGAAAAAAGAUACCUCCCGCUGCCAAGGUUUCGUUUUGUGUACCAAUGUUCAACUCCAUUCAUACUGUCUGUAUAAAUAAAGCGAAGAUGUUAUUUUUACCAUUUAGCAUCAUAUAGAAUGGGAUGACUGCAAUCUGUAUCUUACAUGCCAUUCUUCGCAACAUCUCUCCAAUGAGUAAACCGAGACAAGAAUAUUAUCACCAUGUUAUUAUAUUGAAGACGUAAAGACUGGAGCUGCAUCCUCGCUCGUUAUACUGUGAAUUUCUACAAAAUGCAUUUUAACCGUUAUUGUGGCCGUAUGGUUUAUAAAGGGUGCUGUAGAAAAACAUCCUUAUCCUAAGAAAUCCCUAGAAAAUAGAAUUCAAUAGAACACGUUGCAAACUGUUUAUUCUCACUUGAUAUACUUGUAUAUAAAUAUAUUUAUAUGAUAUAUGUACUCGCUCUAUACAAAUGUUUUUAAAUAUUUUUGUAGCAAACAAAAACACUUAAGGUGGUCUAGGUCACCGGGUGGAAACAAAAGAUAAUGUUUUUUGUUUAAAUAAAUGUUUUGAAGCAACCAGAAAGAGCCCAAGUAAGCAUCCGACUUAAAUCUUUGGAGAAGGCUGCACAUUGUUCCAAAUGCUAAUGGAAGCUUGUAAUGGAAACACCAUGGCUCUUGUUAGAAUACCUAAAAUGUAACCACAAAAUAAAUCAGCGCAUGUUUAGAGUUCUGCGAUGCCUGAAAAUUAAUGAACGGUCUGUAUGAUUUUACAGAAACUGAGAAGAUAAGUACCUCUUGGCUCAUGUCCCUACUCUUUAUAAAAUGUACGAUCAUAUUUCAUCUGUUUCUGUCUUUAUGGAUAUUAAAA